CAGACGUGUACAGUACUACACUGCUCUUCAUGGACCCGAAUCGAAUGACCUAACGGAUAAGCUAAACCUUUAGACUAAUAGAUAGGAGAUAAAUCAAAGCAUGGGGUGUCAUCUUUAAUCUUGUUCAAUUCUAUGAACAUGUUCAUUGUUCUCAACCGAUUGAAAAUGAUGAAGCAUAUUGUCACAUUGCUGGCAAUAGCCACGUUAGUCUGUUGUCAACCAGAAUCCUAUUUUACAGUCCCAACGGCUACAUGGACCCGUACAUCAUCUGGGGGACUGCGCUUUUCGAUCCCAGAUAGUGAUGGCAUAUCUCUCGUUGGUCUCCAUUACAACAUUAACCAACCAUUAGCCGGGGUAGCCGCGGGUGAAUGGAACGUUGACAUCACAUCGAAAACAGGAAAUGAGUGGGUGAGUGUGAAUGACAAAGUGACUGUCAAAGAGGGGGAUACUAUUCACUUUUGGUUGUUGGUCAUAUCCAAUGGGGCCGGAUACCAGGAGACUGAUCAAUCUUACAAGCUCGAAGCACCGACCACGACCAGAAAACCAACCACUGCGACAACUACGGUUACCACGCCAACAACGAAGCACACUGGUCCCCCUGGCAACCACACCACGCCGUCGACACCUCCUCCCGUCACAGAACCCCCAAGUGGAGGCAAUGGUUCAUGCCCGUGUACUGGAGGUGGUGGAGCCGACCUCAUUCCAACAUGUAAAACCUACCCCUGUAUCGUGUUUGAGGACAACUUUGACACUCUCGAUUUUACUAAAUGGCAACACGAACUGACUGCCGGUGGUGGUGGUAAUUGGGAGUUCCAGUAUUACGUCAACAACAGAUCCAAUAGUUAUGUCAAAGAUGGCAGUCUUUACCUAAAACCAACGCUGACGACGGACACGUUCCGUGAUCCUAAUUUUUUACAAUCGGGAACGUUUGAUCUUUGGGGAUCCUCACCCGCAAACCUAUGUACUGGCGGGAUGAAUUAUGGCUGCUUCAGACAGGGAAACGGAGGCAAUAUUCUUAACCCUGUCCAAUCUGCAAGGAUCAGAACGGUUGACUCAUUCAACUUCAAGUACGGCAAGGUGGAGGUAGAAGCUAAAAUGCCCGAGGGUGAUUGGAUUUGGCCUGCUAUCUGGAUGGUGCCUAUGCGAGAAGAAUAUGGCAAAUGGCCCGCUUCUGGUGAAAUUGAUAUCGUGGAAGUUAGGGGCAACAAGGACUUCAAGUUAGACGGCGAGUCUAUUGGAGUAGAUCAGAUGGGAUCAACUAUGCACUGGGGACCCUACUUCGGCAACAAUCAGUACCUUAGAACACACAAGACCAAGAAUUUACAAGGAAAGACAUUUGCGGAUGACUUCCACAAGUAUGGGGUGGAAUGGGACGAGAACAGUGUGCAAUUCUUCCUCGAUGGUGAACAGAUACUGAAGGUCGAUCCUGGACCCGGCGGUUUCUGGAAAUUUGGAGAAUUUGAUACACGAACCCCUGGCUCAGACAAUCCUUGGAGAAACGGAACCAGAAUGGCUCCUUUUGAUAAAGAGAUGUACCUUAUAAUAAACGUUGCCGUCGGUGGCACAGCUUACUUUCCGGAUGCAGCACAAAAUAGUCCAUCCGCUAAGCCAUGGAGCAACAAAUCGCCUACUGCUUCUCUGGAUUUCUGGAACGCUAAAGCACAAUGGUAUCCAACAUGGAACGCUGAUAAGAACAAUGGAGAAUCCGCAGCCAUGAAAGUCAACUAUAUAAAAGUGUGGAAAAUGAAACCAAAUCCAAAUUAGUAGUUGGAGCAUGCGCAUUCGCUCAGUCUGUACUUGACGUGUAUUAAUUUAUCUAAACGUCAAACCACAGAUUACAAACAUUUGAUUAGAUUAAAUAAUAUUGAAAUUGUGUUUAGAGUCUGUUUUCAAUCAUACUGAAAAAUUGUUAACUCAUUUCCAAUGCUGAUAAAAGACAUGAAUAACAAAUGUUUUAUUAAAAUGUCUGAAGACUGUGGAAAUAUAAUUGAGUUUCUAUCUCACUAUGACUCAAUAUGGUACUAAUUCCAUUGUCAAAUUCGUCUUUAUUUUUAGUUUAUCCCAAUCGGGAGCGUAAGGUACUUUAUAAAAAGGGACCCAUUUUCUUUAGGGUGAGCAUCAUCAGGGACGACUAUAUCUAUCCUUUGACCAAGUUCGUUCGUUGUCAGUUUAUGUAGUUCAUUAUUUUUGUAAAUAAAAUAGAUCAACAAUUUAAAUAGCUAUUUUGUACAUUAAAAAAAUAUUUUAUGUUUUAAGAUUAUCCCAGAUUCAUAUACUAAUUCUUUAAUUAUUAAAACUGCCAAUAAUUAGGUUCUUUGGUUGAAUAAGUACAAGUCACAGCUGUUAAAAAGUAACAUUUUCUUCUAUUCUGGUUUGAUUCAAGAGCAACUACUAUUAUGCAUUUGUGUAUUAUUGAAC